CUCUCGCUAUGGGAAACCAACCCUCCGCUCUGCUCGACAACAUAGCCUCGGGCUCGAACUUCGACAGAGAUGAGGUAGACCGCUUGAGGAAGCGCUUUAUGAAACUGGACAAGGACAACUCUGGCACAAUCGAGCGCGACGAAUUUCUAGCCCUACCGCAGAUAUCCUCGAACCCGCUGGCCACGCGCAUGAUCGCCAUUUUCGACGAGGAUGGAGGAGGCGACGUUGACUUCCAGGAGUUCGUGUCUGGACUGUCGGCGUUCAGCAGCAAAGGGAAUAAGGAGGAGAAGUUGCGGUUUGCCUUCAGGGUAUACGACAUUGAUCGCGACGGAUACAUUAGCAACGGAGAGCUAUUCAUUGUGCUCAAGAUGAUGGUGGGCAGCAAUCUCAAGGACCAACAGCUCCAGCAGAUUGUUGACAAAACCAUCAUGGAGGCAGACCUGGAUCGCGACGGGAAAAUCAGCUUCGAGGAGUUCACCAAGAUGGUGGAGAACACGGAUGUGUCCAUGAGCAUGACUCUGGACCAGUUCUAGGUUUUUUGAUGAACCGAUAUGCAUGGGCUAUGGAGAGGAGUUUUGGGGUUCCGGUGUGAUAGGGUCCUGGACCAAUUCUGAUAUCCAUCAUCAAUGCGGAUUUUGUUUUCCCCCAUCUGUUAUUCCCGCUGCUUAGGAGCGAGAGGUAGGUAUAUCGACUUCUUGAUUUGUGGUAGAGCAGGUUUCCUCACCAGGCUUCGUCGUUGCUGUCUGCGCUCUGCUGCACUGCGGAAAUCUUACUAGACUGGGGAAAUCCAAGAAACGUUUCACUGGCUG